AUGCAUAAUAUUCCCCUCAGCAAAGCUGUAGAAGCCCUCGUAGCCAACACCCCGUCUCUGUACUUCAGCAUCGGCGACUUCUGUCAGGCACUAGAGCCGCUGCUGCUGCAGCAAGGGGGCCCCCCAGGGGCCCCUCAGGGGGCCACUCAGGGGGCCCGUGGGGGCCCCCCUGCCGCAGCGGGUACUGCGCAGUGGGGGGAUCGCCAGGAAGUUCGAAGAGCGCUUGAAGAGGCCUUUGAAGAGAUGCAGGGAAGCCGCUGUGGAGCAGCAGAUGCCCUGGAGUUGCUGUUGGGGUUGUCGCGGUACUGCAGUGUCGAUACAGCUGACCGCAUCAAAGUGCUGCUGACGCCUUCUAUCGUUGACAAAUUCCGUAGGGCCCAAAUCUCCUUUGAGAAUGUUGAUGACUUAGCGCUGGCUAGCGCUGUUGAUUUGUUUAAAGGGAAAUAUCAUUUUCUUACAAUCUCGGGAGGCAGCUGCUGCACCCAUCAAGGCAGAACAGCAGCAACAAGAGCAACAGCAGCAGCAGCAGCAGCAGCAACAGAAGCGCCCCCACCCGCAGCAGCAGCAGCAGCAGCAGAAGCAGCAAAAGCAACUGCUGCAGCAGCAGCAGCAGCAACUGAAUGUGCACGCAAAGAGCUCUUUGUAGACACCGCAGAAGAGCCGUGGAAAACAGCUGCUCAUUAUGCGGGCCUAACUCUUUCCUUUGAGGAGUUUGCGCAGGAGUGUAGAGACACCCCGAAGGAGGCGUCAAUCAAUGCAACAUCUUUGCUGCGGCUGCCCCUCAUUGUCGCUCUCCGUGGCUUGUAUUAA